UAAAAAGAAAAACCAAACAGCCGACCGGUGAGAGUGACAGCGAUCGCGCGCAAAACGAACGCAUUGCCGCGCGUGUGAAAGUUAGCAUUCGAAAUACAAAUUUGGCGACAAACCCAUUCAUAGACAAGUUGAAAAUUUUGACAAAUUUUUCCUUAAAAAAUUUUUUGAAUACUUAUAUCUCUUUUUCGAACUUGAACAUUGUGCUGUGUUUAGUGAUAGUUGUGUUAAGUGACUUUCCCCGUUACAUCGCGCGUGCAAGAUGACUAACACACGUAAUAUAAAGGUUUGGGUCUGCAUAGCUUGUAUGGCCACAACGAUGGGUGCUCCGGCGCCGAACCCGCCUAUCACAUUCGACAUCAUUGAUAUGGCAGCCAUCAGUCGAAUGUCACCACAGCAAUUGGAGGCUCUCGCGGAAGGAUUGGCUGCUGAAGAAAUUAUGAGGACGAAACGAUCAUCAGCGCAGGCAUUGACGUCGGUUGUCUCGAAAGCGUCUUCGGGUAUACAGAGCAAGGUCGGUCUCCUUGGUCAGGCCUCGGCUGGUGCUGCCUCUUUAAUAGCUUCAGCUUCCAGCAAAACAGGACACGAACACUCUGGAUAUUCUUAUGAGCCGCAUGAAGAAAAAUACGACUACUUGGGUUUGAAGAAAUCGAUUCUUUACACACUGUUCCAAGCCGUGAAGGCGAUCACUGGUGGAGUCACAAUCCUUAAAGGGCAAUUGAUCAAGGGAGGAGGUGCGCUCGCUGCUACUCUGGGCAAGGUGAUCUCUUCGAAGGGAGACGCUGUCAGCAACCUGGGAAGGAAGAUUGUCAGCUCAGCCGCUUUGAGCGAAAAGAGGCCACAUUCGACCGCGGUAUACGGUCCGCCGCCGAGCGGCCACCUGGAGUACAGCGCGCCCACCGCGUACGGCGCUCCGACGGCGCCCGCGCACUAUGUACAAGCCGCGCCAACGGGAUUCGCUGCGCACAAAUAUCCCGCGCACUUAGACGGACGCGGAAAACUGAGCGGAGUGCACGCCGGUGUCGUAAUACUGACCCCGCUCGGCGACGCCGCCACCAGCGAGACUCAUCCGGGAUACACGCCCCUCGAACCCCCACCGUCCAUUAUCAACAGCGUUUAUUCCGCAAUUAAAGGCGUCUUCUCCUCUGCCGCCCCACACUCUGAGUCUUACGUCACUCACCAAGAACCCCCGCCUCCCCACCCGGCUCCCCCUUUCAGGCCCAUGACGUGGGGAGCGAUUGACUCUUACGGCGAACCGGCCAUGGUCGAAACCUAUCCAGAAUACGACCCUCGCUCUCCGCAUCCCUACAGCCGUGCAUCAUCGAAAAAGUCCGCAAUCCCCGCCUUCCAUAAACACGAAGGCCUGACUCCUGAAAAAAUUCAAAAAAUAAAUAAAAAUCUCGAUAAAGUACAAGCGUACUUAAACGAAAACCAAAGAUCAGCCGAAGUGCUGCCCAAAUUUAAUAAGAAUUACGUUGAUAUGUUGAGGAAGGGCCAGAUACCGUUUCUUCCCACUCCCGUGAUAAGCGAUAAUGAAAUCGGUGUCCUUCCCGCUGAAUUACUUCCUGACGAUGAUCCUUUGACUACUACUACUACAAUAACUACUACUUCUACUACUACGACGACUACAAAACCGAACACAACUGACGGGAACAGCACCAGAAGGAAGAAGGACACAAAAUUCAUACUGCGAGGGAACAAGAUUGUUCAAGUUUGACAUAUGACUGUUGACUGACUGAGAAAUUCCUGGAUACAAUACAGUGCUGGGUGGUGAACAUUUGCAGAAUUAUCAAUUUUAAUAAAUCUCUAUCUCACCCUUUGGUUUUUAACGUCAAGUGGAACGAAGUCAUAUAAUUUCUCUUGCAGUGAUCAAUGAUCAUUCGUAGAAAUUAUUAAUGACUGUAUACACUUUCGUUAAAGAUUAAUAAUAAUGGUUUAUUGUUAUUAUUAAUAAUGGUUUUGUAUAAUACAUAUUUUACCACAAUAAGACAGACUCUGUCGCUUAUAUUUCUCUCUUAACAAAAGUGAUAUUUAUGUGUUUAUUAUGAAAGAGUGAAGCUACCAAUUUAAUAUGUAAACUUAGAAGAGUUAGCCAAAAACGAUUGUAAUUACUGAUAAUUAAUUACAAAUAGCUAUUGAUUAUAUAAAUUAUGAAUUAGGUUAAUUAGAGAAGUUACGUAUAAGUUUAUUAUUAGGUGUGUGUUUAAAUAUUUAUUAAUAUCUAUAAAGCUUUCACUGUCACAUUUGUUCUUUUGGUCUGUUUAUAAAACAUUAUUAUUUAUAAAAGUAUUAUUUAUAUAUUCUCAAAUCUUUGUAAAUUAAUGCAAUUGAAAUGACAC